CAUAUAAAUAUAAUGCCAGGUGGGCUGAUAAGUAAUUUUAAAAUUCCGGAAGUAAACAAUUGUUGUGGAUGUGUCAACGAUAUAAAAACUGCUGCAGCGAUCAUUGCAGUGCUAGGAAUUGUGACAAGUCCGCUAGUGUCAUGGGCGGUGGUUCGUCACGCAUACGUGAUCCGAGUGUCCUGUUUCGUGUCAGCAAGCUCUUCGCGACCAGAUGUGGUUGAUAUCAACCUUAGUAAUGUACUUAGUUUUGGAUUUGGUGCCAAUGCUGGUCUCGGGCCAUCCUGUUUAAUCAAAAACUCAACAAAAGUACUGCGAGCUGAUGAAGAAACAGAAAAUAAAGAUGAUAUGAAACAUUCAGAGUUUGUGAAGACCGUGCGAUGCGUCGGGUGGAUUGUGCUGAUCGCGGACUUUAUAUUUCUAUUGCUGAGCAUCAAUUUGCUAAUAAAGAUGGCUACUGGAAAUGGUCAAAUUGCAGCAAGAUAUUUUAUAUCAUCCGGACUCAUUUCAAUAAUAAUGUCUUUUAUCUACGGAAUGCUCUAUGUAUCAGCUUGCGUUUAUAUGGGAGGUUCUUUUCCAGUUUUUGAAUUCGUAUUCGCGCUAGUUGAUUUAAUGAUGUGGUCCUACUUUUUAAUAGUAGUGUAUUCCUACAGACAGAAAGCAUCAUGAAGGAAAG